AUGUCAAGUGAAAGGGCAUGUAUGUUAUGUGGGAUAGUGCAAACCACUAAUGAAUUUAACAGGAAUGGAUGUCCAAACUGUCAAGGUAUAUUUGAAGAAGCAGGGGUUUCGGCAAUGGAAUGCACAUCACCUUCAUUUGAAGGGCUUGUUGGUAUGUGCAAACCUACUAAAUCGUGGGUAGCAAAAUGGUUGAGUGUAGAUAUGAACAUACCAGCGAUGUAUGCAAUUAAGGUGGAUGGCAGACUGCCUGUAGAAGUAGUCGAGUUAUUGCCUCAUUACAAGCCAAGGGAUGGUAGUCAAAUAGAGUAG